AAUUACCAUUGCCACCAGUCAAAAAAGUCCAAAAGGCGACUUAUCGCAACGCUAGUCCAUAAAAAUCACAUUUCGGUAAGUAAACUCCACAACCCUCAUUCUCUUUCUAGCAAUGGCCCUCGAACUGUGGGAGACGCUAAAAGAAUCAAUCACAGCAUACACGGGCCUCUCUCCAGCUACUUUUUUCACGGUUCUUGCCGUAGGCCUCACCCUUUACUACGUCGUUUCGAAUCUGUUCGGGUCCUCCGAUGACGGCCAUAUCCAGCAGAGGUCGAGAGGUUUUGAGGAACAAAUGGAGCCUCUGCCGCCUCCGGUUCAGUUAGGUGAGAUUACAGCUGAGGAGCUGAAGCAAUACGAUGGUUCUGAUUCUAAGAAGCCCCUGCUCAUGGCUAUUAAGGGUCAGAUCUAUGACGUCACGCAGAGCAGGAUGUUCUAUGGGCCCGGUGGGCCCUACGCCUUAUUUGCUGGGAAGGACGCCAGCAGAGCACUGGCAAAGAUGUCUUUUGAGGAAAAAGACCUAAACGGCGACCUUACUGGGCUGGGUGUUUUUGAGCUCGAGGCUUUGCAAGAUUGGGAGUACAAAUUCAUGAGCAAAUAUGUCAAAGUCGGGACCAUCAAGACAACUGUAACUAUAAAUGAAGGCACAAGUGAAGCGCAAGCAGCCGAAAGCAAUGACCCAAAGCCUGUUGAUGAUGAAGUCUCAAAGCCUGAGGAUGUGAAGUCAGAGUCUGUCAAGGAAAGUGAAGAAAGUGUGGAGAAAAAGGAGUGAUUAUGGAGUCGAUAUGUGAGGUUAAGUGUGAAAUUAGGAGAAUCUGCUUUUAUAUUAUUGUGAUGCAUAGAGGUGUACUUUUUAAGUGUGUGAUAGUGCUAUAAUGAACGGGUUUACAGUAAGUUAUGGUUGAAACUUGAAACUUAUGGAGACAGGUUUUUUAUGUAAUGAUAACCUUUACCUUUGGCUUUGCCUUUCUUUUCAAUUUUUUUUCCCUACCCUUCAUGCUUAGCAUCGUUGUUCUAAGGUGACGUACUGAUGUUUAUUAGUUCAAGUAGUUUCUUGGGUCUUUUUACUUUCUUUCUGGUGGCUUUUCCUGUGUUCCUUGUAUGUUGAUUCUUGCUGUUAGUUUAUUGCAGGAAGG